AUGGCGAGGUGCGAGGUGCGGGUUUUCCCGCCGUGCCGUGCCCUGCCUGCCGGGUCGCCGCUGCCUCCCUGCAGCGGUGCAGGGCUCUGGGCGAGAGGGAAGGCCGGUGGCGGUGGCUGCCUGCUUGUCUCUUCAGGUGUUACCCUGGGCUUCAGGAUUCUCUCUCUUCUGGCUGUUAUUUGUGAAGAAAUUGUGGAGGAUUGUAUCAAGUGUGGCGGACUUUACUUCUUUGAAUUCGUAAGCUGCAGUGCCUUUCUUCUGAGCCUCCUGAUCCUGUGUGUGUAUUGCACUGGUGCAUAUGAAACACUUGGGGAAGAUAAAGUACAGAAAGCGAAUCUUUUUGCCAUGCCAGCCAUAGGUGCCUUUUUUCUGUUAGCAUCAGUAGUGCUUGCUGCGACCAGCUCUGGGUCUGCUGUUGAAAGUGCUGCAUGUGUGUUUGGAUUUCUUGCAAGUGGCGCAUUUUUAGCUGAAAUUAUUGUAGAGUAUUAUUGUCGGAAACAAAACGUCGACCGAUGCCCUGAAAAUCCCGGCCACGCUCAGAGCGCCACAGAAAGUCGGCCACUGAAUAAACAAAGCUAA